AUGGAGCGCUCGGACCUGGCCGAUCGUUCCAAUGCCACCGGCGGCGAAUACAGGAUCAGCGUACGGUCAGUGCAUGCACAAGUUCCAAACAACCAAAGUAUUUCAGAAAGAGAGCAAAAAUAUCAAGAAUGUCUUCGCAACUUGUUCGUGCCAGAUGCUUGGGGCGAAGUGGCCCGCGCUCAGAAACCUCGUGUUCAAGGAACUUGCGAAUGGGUACUUGCGCGAAGCGAAUAUAGAGACUGGCUAGAAGGUGACGCAUCCAAACUUCUUCAAAUUGUUGGAAGCCCGGGUACGGGAAAGACAACGAUGUUUUGGUUCCUUAUCGAAAACUUUGAAUCGAGGAGAAAAGGUGAUUCGUUUGCCGAAUCGACAACACUAAUAUAUCAUGCUUGUCACAUCAGGCCCCCGGUUGAAACAGUCCGUGGACUCCUGUUUCAAUUGUUGAAGGAUGAACCGCAAACUUUCAAAUUCAUCGAACAACACUUUGAUACUCAAAGAGCAAAUCUUUUUGGCGACUUCUGGACACUAUGGAAGAUACUAUGCCAUAUUGUGGAAGAUCCUAGGUUGGGUAAGGUCUUUUUUGUUCUUGACGGCCUCGACGAAUGUCAGGGAGGGGGCGAGUUUUUCUCUGCUCUUCGAGAUCUAUUCCUUCGCUUGGAAUCGAGUGGAAACGCCACCGUGAAGCUUCUCGUAACAUAUCGACCCAGCACAGAUGCCGAGUUCGUCCUCGGAGAUGUAGGUAGGCAUUUGCGCUUUGAUGCCAUGAUCAAGAAUGAUGUGAGCCGGUUUAUUGAUUGGAAACUGGAAGAUCUCUCAAAACAUGAACACUUGCCUGUUGAUCUUAAAAGCCGUUUACGUCACUAUUUUUCGGGAUCUAAACAUAACCUUCUUUGGAUAUCUCUUCUUCUGAACCAGUUCUCAGGUCUACCUGCGCAUGCUGUGGAGAGGAAACUCGACCAUUUACCGCGAGAUUUGCACAGUUUGUACACCGAGAUAUUGGAAGACAUCAACUUCAAAGACGGUCAUGACCCUCUAUCCAUCUUCCAAUGGAUUGUGUGUGCACAAAGAUCAUUGAAAGUCAAUGAGCUCGCUAUAGCGCUUACAAUGACUUGGGACGAACACGAAACGGGUACUACACCGCCAGCAGAUGUGGUUAAAGAGCUGGAGAGUUUCCUGAUGUCUUACCGAUCUCUGAUCCUUGUCGACACUGUCGAAAAAACCGUGUAUCUCUUACAUAAGUCCUUGGAGGACUUCUUUCUGGAGCCGCCAGAAUCAAAAUAUUCUAUAAGCUACGAUGCAACGCAUCUACACAUUUUGGACACUUGUUUGAGAUACCUCAGCAGAGAAGCAUUCAAAUUCUCUCCAACAUGUGUGCACCGCAAAUAUUCUAGACCAGUCAAUCGGGUAGCAGCGCUUCAGGAUCAUCUUCUCGCGCAUCCCUUUCUUGAAUAUGCGGCUCGCCAGUGGCCUGCACAUGCACGUGCAGCAACCUCGAAACUUGCUACCCGUGAAUGGGAGUACGAUUUCUUUGGAGAGAAUACACAGUCACUCAAUGCCUGGGUACAGAUAUACUGGGCAUUCAAAAGACCAUUUGAUGAUCCUCCUGGGUUUACCGCACUUCAUGUCGCCGGCCUGUUGGGUCUUGAUCCCCUGUUGAACUGGCUCGUGGAGAAAGACCAGCCCACGGUCGCUUUUAACAUCGACAAAAGAGAUACAACGGGCAGUACUGCGUUGCACUGGGCAGCUAGAAAUGGACACAUAAAAACAGUAAGGAUUCUGAUUGACCGAGGUGCUGUUAUCGAUGUCACAGACAAUGUGGGGAGAAUACCCCUAGCGGGGGCCGCAACAAAUGGUCAUGACAUGAUUAUAGAGCUUCUGCUGGCUCGCGGAGCUACCAUUAAUUUCCCAACGAACUCUGGAGCCACGCCUGUUCACUUAGCAGCCAGAAAUGGGAAAGCCACUGUGUUAAGGCUAUUUGGGGCUGUCUCCGGGGCAAGUCUCGAUGCCCGCGAAAAAGAUGGCCGAACACCACUAUCUUUCGCGACAAUGUAUGGUCAUGCCUUAGCAGCUAAGGCCUUGUUAGAGCUUGGGGCCAAACCUGACUCAGUAGACAGCGAAUAUGGACGGACGCCUCUCCACUGGGUAGUUGUUGGAGGUUGCGAAGCAGCACGUCGCCAGAGUCUAAUCGAUAACGGUGUUGACUUUUACAUGGACCUUGACGAUGAAGGUCAGGAUGAUCACUAUUUGGACAGCCAGGGCUAUCUCGAUGUGGUUCACAGCUUGUACGAAGCCGGUGCGGAGCUCAAUGCUCGGGAUAAAGCUCAGUCUACUCCGCUCCACUAUGCUACAGAGAUGCAACAUCAAGAUUUGCAAAGUUUGCUGAUCAAGCUGGGUGCAGACGUUAAUUUGAGAAAUGCGCAGAACAAAAGUUCAGCUCAGCUGGCAUGGGAUCGGAAACGUCUCGAUUGGUCCUUGUACGAAGAAGACGAAGAACUUACGGGAAACUUGAGCGAGGCGGGCAAUUCUGAGGUCGCAGUUCUUCGCAAUAUCAAUGAUUCUCCAGAUGGACCUGAGUUGAUCUUUCGAAAGACAAUCACCAUACCAGAAGUUAAAAACAUGAAAAGUAAGAAAAGGAUGCAGCAGGUGGAGUUGUUGCGCAAGAGAAUUCAGACGUGCCUGCUUCGAGAACACGACUUACUACAAAAGAUCAAUCAUCCGAAUAUUGUCUCGUAUCUCGGAUACGACGAGAACACAGAAGCCAAAACCUACACUCUUUAUCUGGAGUUUUGCAAUGCUAGCGACUUGUCCGAUUAUGAGAAGGUGGGCAAUGGGCAUGCGGAGGUCUCCUAUCCACAAGGUGACAUUCCAAAUGAACUAGGGGGCACAUCUGAAGAGGGAUCUGCCUCCGAGGUUGAAGAUGCAGCUCUACAAGAAAGCGAAGUUUGGUCAUUCAUUUUCCUCUUGGCAGCUGCAAUAGCCUAUUGUCACCAUGGGCUUACGAUGAAGCCCGUCAUAAAUCUCGAUGAGGUUGAGUUUAGCUUUGAGCACAACUGGCCCGGUAUUCUCCAUCGAGACAUCAAGCCCCAGAACAUUGCACUGCAAAUCCAGAGUGAUGGAACUAGAAUCCCGAAACUCUGCGACUUGGGAUUGUCCAAGGAACUGAUAGUGGACACCCGCACGAAAAUGGCGGCGACGAGAGGAUACGCACCACCUGACAAUGAUUGGACGGUCAAAAGUGAUAUUUAUUCAUUUGGAGCAACGUUUGACAAUCUUGAUAUUGUGACACGGUCUACGGAACUGAACUCAUUACUCGAAGCUUGCAUGUCCUCUAAUAGACCGAGCAGCUUUACCAUUCUUCAAACCGCAUGGGGCCACAUCAGUGCGGACUUGAAGAGGCGAUACAACUCUUUACCAGUAUUCCUAGGUUCCAGAUUCCUGCUUGGAGCGUUCGAAGAGAUUGCCAGCCAAUUGGACUCAGAAAACGGAUUGGAGACGAGAUUGGCACGUCAACAGAGGGAAAAAUUACUCGUGCGACUUGAGCGCCUCUCUGAAGAUGGAGCAAACGAACUCUUUCGGAAACAUGGAAAAUCACUUCAUCUCGCUGUCCUCCUCGGCGAGGAAGCCAAGGUCCAAGAACUGUUGAAAGAUACCACGAAAACGGGUGUUAAUAAAGGAUGGGGCAAGUCUAGAUGGACCCCACUACAUCUAGCGGCACAGAAUGAUAAACUCAGGAUUGUGCAGAUGCUCUUAGAGUCUGGAGCAGACAAGGCGGCGGAAGAUAAAUUUGGACAUGUUCCAUACUACUAUGCGUCAAUUAAAGGUUAUGUAUGGAUGGAUAUCAUUCUUGAUUCCAGCAACUGA